AUGGCGUACGUCGAAGGAGGUGUGGUUAAAGCGAAGCGAUCGAUAUGGAGGCUAAGGACGAUCAAAGAUAUCUUCUGGUCCAUCAUCAAUCUGAUUCAAGUCUUCUUUAUAACCAUGUUCUCCAUGGAGAAAUCAGAUGCAUACAGAAAAGGCUCUAAGGCUAACAAGAAGUGGGAUGGCGGCGGAUCUCCGGGAGGUGGUGGUGGCGGCGGCGGUGGACGCCCUGGACCUCCUCGUGGGGGGCUCGACAAUGUGCGCGGCUUGAAUGAUAUCCGUGGAGCUGAUCACAAUUCCCUACCGGCAUGUGGCUCGUGCUGCGGCUGA